AUGUAUUUGGGCAGGCGAUCGGGAUUGGCAAGACCAAAUGUGCGGAUAGGGGUUGGUGUGGAUGACAUGGUUUCAGUUCAGAGCAGCUGCCCCUUCCUUUCCCCCCUUCCGUCACGUGGGGAACCCCCUUCUCCCAAAUCAGCCGUCACAGCAGCUACAGCUACGCGCGCGAAAGCGGCGCCCCUGCGCAAGCAGUACAUAGUGCACCUGGCGGCGGUGCCGCCGGUGCUCAACUACCGCGGCGGCGUGGCGGGGCUGGCCGCGACCGCGCCAGAGCUAGACGACAACGACCCCGAGAGCAGCCCCACGGACGCGGACGACAACGAUAGCGCUCCGGUUGAUAGUCCACGUGGCGGUUCGGAUGGCGGUUCAUUUGACGCCGGUUCGGGUGUCUCAGGCAACAUUCCUGGGGGAGGAGGAACCGCGGGAGUUCCUUUCCCAGCUGGCGGCGCUACCGCCGGUGACGCUACAGCCGGCGGCGCUACAACCGACGAUUCUACUACAGCUGGCGACAGCAGCGCUACAAAUGUCACGCUUGCAGCGGCGACGCUUCAAGGGCUCGUCGCGGCCCGACUCGCGACCGCUAGUAGCACAUCCGCAGUGCCUCCUCGCUUCGCUGCAAUCACAAAAUCGAGUUUCGAGGCUCCUCGGAAAGCGAUACGGCGGCUUGUGGAUCGAAUCAAGCGACGCGCAGACGUGCGGCGGGCGAACGUGAAAGCUUUCGUCAACUUUCUGCAGGACUCGCAGCGGCAGUUUUUGCGAAAGAACAACAUUUCGCCGUCGCGGAUGUUCCAGAGCUACACGUACACGGCAAAUGGGUUCGCUGUAUCGCUGACGGACGCGGAAGCGAAACGGCUGAAGCACCAUCCCGCCGUGGCGUGGAUCGAAGAAGACAAACCGGUUCGCCCGCGCACUGUAGACUCGUCAACUUUCUUGAAGUUGCCGACGAGCCUGUGGGCUGCAAACGGGGGGCAGAGCCGCGCGGGCGAGGAUGUGAUUAUAGGCGUGGUGGAUUCAGGAAUUUGGCCGGAACACCCUUCUUUUGCAAACACGUCUGCGGACCCCUACGGCCCGGUUCCGGACCGCUGGUUCGGCGGGUGUGCAGCAACGGCGGAUUUCCCACCCUCGCUCUGCAACGGCAAGCUUAAAGCGACGCCUGCAGACCCCUACGGCCCGGUCCCGGACCGCUGGUUGGGCGGGUGUACAGCAACAGCGGACUUCCCAGCCUCGCUCUGCAACGGCAAGAUUAUCGGCGCAAAGUUCUUCAACAGCGGGUUCCUGGAGGACGAGAUGCUCGUGGAACCAUACGACUUUUCGUCCGCCCGGGAUGGAGACGGGCUCGGCACGUGGUGUGCAGGAGCGGCAGCGGGGAACGCCAACGUGAGUGUGGAGAUGAGCGGGCGAAGGUACGGGGCAGUGAGCGGCGUGGCGCCGCGUGCGCGCAUCGCUGUAUACAAGGCGCUGUGGGUGGACCCGUUGAGGAGAGGCUCGUUGGUCGGCUUCGGCACCGACAUACGAGCCGCCGUUGACGCCGCUGUGGCGGAUGGCGUCGACGUGCUCUCUCUCACUUUGGGGAGCAUAGCGUCCGAUUAUUUCUCAGAUAUUCACAGCAUGAAUGCGGCUAAGGCGGGUGUGUUUGUGGUGAUGUCAGCAGGCAACAAUGGGCCUCCCUCUCCUAAGCGUGAUCUGGGGACGAUCGUCAACGUUGCUCCUUGGUACCUGACAGUGGGAGCAACCACCAUCGGUCGGCAGUUCUUGGCCAAGCUGACUCUGGGGAACGGCGUGGAGCUGAGGGGAGUGAGCUUUGGGGGCACGGCACAGACGGUCAAUAAAGUGCUGCUGCCCGCUUCUGCUGCUGUCAGAGCAGGCGCGUCUGCUGCUGAU